CCUCAUUGGAUCCAAACAGCAAAAAAUACGUCGACGUCAUUCGUAUUCGGAUCACUGGUCAAAAAUUGAGAAUCAAUUUUUAAGUAAAAUAUUGCUUUUAAAAGUUUAGUUUUAUUGUAGAUACUAAAAAUGAGUGCGAUAUUCAACUUUCAAAGCUUGCUCUCGGUGAUCCUGCUGGCAAUCUGCACCUGUGCGUAUCUUCGGUCCCUGUUUCCUUCUUUCAUUGAUAGGAAUAAAACUGGAAUGAUGGGCAUAUUUUGGAAGCUAGCACGGAUCGGUGAACGGAAAUCCCCGUGGGUGGCGCUGGCUUGUGUAUUGAUGGCCGCUUCGAUACUGUUCUACACGUAAUCCGGUUUGAAGUUGAUUUCUGUAAGUCCUCAAUGAUUCCAAAUACUAUUAUUACACUUUUGUCGGAUAAA